AAGAACUAGUAUAUCACCCUUCCUUUCUAUUUUAGUGACAACAUAUUCAUAAUUUGUACAUUUUCACUAAAAAACGUCAUUAUAAAAAAGAUCAGCAAUGAAUUAUGAAUCAAGAGGCAGAUCAGGAGAAGGCACGUCGAAUCAAUACAGGCAUUCAGCGACAAAUACUCAAAAAAAUAAAUUUGAGAGAUCAACGCACAGAUUUAGCAAACCAUUCCACCAAUCCAGUGAAGAAUCUCUCAACAACAGUAAUGUAGACGGACCAAAAAAAGUUGAUAACGCGUUCGUUAAGUUUACUUCGGGUAGUAUACGCUUCGAAGAUCUGAAAUCAACCGCAAUGAACUCCUGGGAUGAAGGCAUUGAUUUAGAACUGAAACGUGACAACAAAAAGAAAAAUAAAGCACAAUGGGCUUCAGAAGAAGAUAUCUUUAAGGGGUGCAAUGUUAACUUUUUCAAACAAAAUAAUAACAGCAAAAGAGAAACAGAUUCACAUGAAAGGUCUAUGCGACAACAGCAAGAAACAGAACCUACUUGGAAUAAUAAUGAAGAUUUGGCAAAAAAGUCUUAUGCAGAAGCUGCUGAUCCAAUGACUCCUUCCUGGGCGGUUGAUGAUGUGUCUGCAACUAUGAAUAACAAUAACAUUUUUCAGGUUCCUUUCCCUCCACAGCAAUUUGUCUAUUCAGCUGAUGGAGCAUGGAGCUCGCCUAUGAUGCCACAUAACAUGGCUCCUCCAAUUGUACCGGUACCAGUAAUCCAGCCAAAUUACAUACCAGUGGGCGCACCCUCUUCAACAAAAGAUAAAGACUUGGCUUUAUUUUUGUAUAAGUUCCUGCACGAUCCAACUAGUGACAUGUUGCCAAAAUUCUUGGAAAUGUAUGAAAAAUUGUUACCCAAGAUGAUGUUUAUGCCUUCUCGUACACUUGGCCACUUCAUGGAAGCCUUGUCCAUUGUCCUUGAAGAAGAUGAAAAGCAGAGAGACUAUAAAAACUUUAAUAAAAUUCAAAGCUAUUCGCGUCAAGUCUUUAGCGCAGUCGACAGCUUUAUCAAGCAUGUGCUCAUUUAUCCCGACGAUGCAAUCCAAGUCAUUCGAUUUGUUGGUGUACUAAGCAAGUUUGACAGCUCUAUAAGCGAACAUAUUGCACUACAAGAUCUUAUUAACACAUUCAAAUCACUUCGAGAUUACUGCAAUGUCGAUCAAAAGAUAGAAACCAUUAAGCAACUUCAAUCUAUUUGUCCUGCACAAGGCAAUGAUGACUCGUGGUAUGCGUUCUGGAAUACUGCUGAAGAAGGCCUAUUGCCAGUACCUACCCCCGAGGAUAUCGUAUUGGAAGCCGCUGCCGGGAAUAUGCUUCUCAGUUAUGAACUUGCAACUAACUCAACCCUCUCCAAUAUCGUCAAGGGUCCAUGGCCAAAGCUCGAUUUCCAAAAUUACCUUUUUACACAAUACAUGCUUCGACGACAAGAAUUUGUCGAGCCUAUGCAAAAUGCUAUCAAGAGCAUGCUCACGAUACCAUCGGCCGACGAUGAUAUACAAAGCCAAUCUGAGACGACCAUCUGCCUCGGUUGUAGGCCAGUCUACAUGAUACCUUUUGAAACAUCAUACGCCCCUUCUAUCGUAUUUUCAAUAGACUCUAGUGAAGAUACGGAUGACAUCACCAACGAUAACACUGAGGGCUCUUUUGUUUUCAUUAUACCAGAACUUAACUAUACCAACAUGACAAAGGAGGAAAAAAUCGAGUAUAUGGCCAAAGGUGCUAUGAUGGGACACAUCAUGUCUGCAUUCAGUCAUCCAGUCAAAGGAAACUUGAUCCGCCUUAUAAAUAUCCAAAUCUACAGAAAGGAACUCCCUAGACUGGACUGGUCCUGUUCCUAUACAGUCAUAACUAGCCGAAACAAUGCACCGUCAACCUUUUCAAUACUUCAAUGGUUGAAACAAGAAUUUGAAGAGUUCCACAAGCAAAAAUAUUCUGCAGUCAUCACCCCGCGCUUACUGGCAUUUAAGAACUCCCUAAGUGCUGAUGAGCUUGGUAGUUGGAAUGAGUAUGCACGCAGUAGCUCAGACACUAAUGACAACCCAGUACCAGAGUACUUACAACGUAUCGAAUUAGACAUUAGCUGUAUUAUGAUCAACAAGCAGAUGCCUCACAAAGCCAAACCCGACGAAAACAUCUGGCCGAGCCCAACAGAGUAUAUGUGGAAUGCAGCAUCGCCUCCAAAACGUCCACCUGUUUACGAAUUAUCACCGAGCCAAAUGAAAGCCCUGAAGUAUGCACUGACUCAUAGAAUUGCAUGUAUCUCUGGCUCACCUGGUGCUGGAAAAACUUAUCUUGCUGCAAAGCUGGCGUUAUUGAUGAGCCAGGCUUUAUCUUCAAGCCAUUGCAGACAACCUUUACUCAUUAUAGCCAAGUCUCAAUCUACCUUGGAUCGUAUUUUGGGGUUUGUAGCGCCCAAAAUCCGUGACACAGUUCGCUUUGGAUAUGAACCCAAGGAUAGCACCAUCAACUAUGGCAAGUUCGCAACACAGAUGGCUUUACCCGAGCUUGCUGAUAAUGGCUACAAGCAAUUUAAAGAAUUAGACCGCAAGAUCUCUGGAAUACAGACACAGCUGGAUGCCCUUUGUAAACUGAGACUUAAGGUCGAAAGCUAUGACCCAGAGACACUUUAUAAUUUUGUGCAUCCCAAAUUUGGCGCCAGGCUUCAGCAAGGCUACAGCAAGAUGUUUGCUACACGAACUGCCACUGAUAUAGAUAUCUGGAAGUUCUGGCUCAUUCCCAAAGAGCAAAUUCAACACAAAAUAGCCGUGUCAACGGAAUCUGAGGCUUUACUCCAAACAGUUGAUAUACUUCGACAGAACACGAGCACCACAGGUAACUAUGUCAUGCCUACGAUUGAUUAUACCCACUUCCAAAACAAAUGUCGAUGGAUUGCCGGCAAUACCGCCAAGAUUGAGCCUGUAUCUACUUCCUCACAUUGGCCUUUCGAAACUUCAAAAUCACUUGGAAGUGAUCUUCGUGACAAUUUGGUGCAAAUUUGGAAGGAAAUUGAGGAUAAGGACAUAUGGACUAUUUCCGAAAAAACUAAGGACAAGGUUAUCAACAAGACAACUAAUUUAAUUUUGGAUUACAUUGAUCGCGAGCUACAUGAUUUAAUCAAGGUACAAUCUCAAGCUGCUGAAGAGCUUGACCAAUUGACUACGAAACGAUGGGCUUAUGUAACUCGGUUCAAUCGUGUGAUUGGCAUUACAGCCGACUUUGCUGCGGCACAUCAGUCAUGGCUCACUAAACUCUGGCCUAGAUGUGUGAUUGUAGAUGAAGCGUCAGAGAUCCUAGAGUCAACCUUGAUGCCCAUUAUUGUUGGUCCCCGUGUAGAGCAUUUAGUCCUUUUAGGAAAUGCAGAAGCAUCCUCGCGCCCCUAUGUGUCUUGUAAUGCCUUCAAGAGUCAUCCUCGCUACAUGGACACAUCACUGUUUGAACGAUGGAAGAAAAAUUCAGCAAGCGAAGUUGUUCGACUUGAAGAGCAAUGGCGUAUGCAUUCAGAAGUGGCCAACAUUCUCGAUAAGUUUAAUAGCAACAAAGAUAAGGCGUCAUCUUUAUUGAUCACUGCUCCAUUGGCAACCUGCAACGAGAACAUGAGGGAUAGCAAGCAGACUUCAUUGAUGGGAUUAACUCACCGUAUGUUCUACAUUGAUUAUCAGCCUUCACACUCUCCUCGUUCUUCUUCGAUGAGACAUGUCCAUUUCUCCUCUACACCCAUUGCCCAAGCGGAUAUAGACGAAGCCCAAUUCAUCGCACACUUUGCCACCUACAUUAUCCAGCAGCCAUACAGCCAAAAUGCCAAAGUUGCAGUGUUAACGAUGUGUAACCUACAAAAACACCUAAUUCGUAACUGCUUAAAGGCAGAUGUACCCAAACGCACCAUGUUCAGCAAGAACCUAGAUAGAAUCGUGGUUGAGCGAGUGGAUCAACAUCCAGGUAGAGACUAUUGGUUUACAAUAAUCAGCACAGCCACUCCUGGACGCUCAAGAUCACUCGAGGAUAAUUUAUCUGAAGCCCUGACGAAAGCGAAAUACGGAAUUUACAUUGUAGGCAAACCAGCACGAGAUACAGUGCAUCCUCGCUGGCAGAAAUUCGCGGAUUAUAUGUCUGAAAUUGGUCUAUAUGGCACACGCAUUCCUUUGGUAUGUUAUCAACACGGCGAACGUACGUCCGUGGGCUACUGGACGGAAUUUCAGCCUGUGAGAAAUGGAGGAUGUAGUCGACCCUGUAACGCCUUGAUGAGUGACGGCCAUGUCUGCCCAGAGAUUUGCCACUAUGGAAGCCAUAAUGAAGUUGUCUGUAGAGCACCUUGUACACGUCCUCGGCCGACGCUUUGCACACAUGAAUGUUCUAGACUUUGCUUCGAAUGUAACAAAGAGGGUGGUUGUCCUGAUUGUCUUGAAGAAAUAACCAUUGAACUACCUUGCGGUCAUGAAUACAAAGGUCAGUGCAAGGAUACUCAGCGUAUGUAUGCCAUCAAGUGUCUUCAGCCUGUCGAGAUUGCCUUGCCUCGAUGCAAACACAAAGUAACUCUUCAAUGCUGCAAUGCGGCACGAGCUUCGAAAAUCAUUUGCAACGUCAAGGAAAUGACAGAAUUAAGCUGUGGCCACCGCAUUGAAAAGAGAUGCAGUGAUCAAGUUGUUUGUGGUGAAGUCUGUAAUAAAUUGUAUGAAUGUGGAAUACAUAGCUGCCAAGAAAUGUGUGGAAGUAACCACUCACAUGCACGUAUGUAUUGCCCUGGUACUUGUUUAAAAGAAUUGAUCUGCGGUCAUCGCUGUGCUAAGGGCUGCUCCAGUUCGAAUGAUCAUACUCAAAGGUGCUUAGAAAAAUGCAAUUAUGUCUGCUUACACGGCUACAAAUGUAGUCGACCUUGCUUUUCUGAAUGCAUCAUGUGUGUAAAUCCUUGUCCAUAUCAAUGCGAACAUUAUAAAUGUACAAAGAGGUGUUAUGAGCCAUGUGAUCGACCUGCUUGUGAUGAACCAUGUAAAAAGAGACUUGACUGCUCACAUCCCUGUCGUGGCUUCUGUGGUGAACCCUGCCCCCCUUGUGGUUUGUGCCGUCCGGAUCUAGAGUGCUCCAUCACUCUUAGAAACUUGUCUGAAUUCGACCCCGAUGAAAAAGUAUACAUGUUGCCUGAAUGCGGCUGCGUAUUCUCUGCACCUGCCAUGGAUACUUUUUUCAAGCACAGAACACUAAGUGGUGAGCAUAGUGUUAUCAAGCUUUGGGAGUGCCCAAAUUGCAAGAAAAAUAUAUAUACGGCUCAUCGAUAUAAUCAGUAUAUCAAACAUGAAGUAUCUCUUGUAAAUGAAGUCAAGCGCCAAAUCGAAGACCAAAGACAAAAGCUGACACCACAAGAGAAAAAUCAGAUCAUUCGUGCAAUGAAUGAAGAAACCAAGAGUGGUAUGUUCAACAUUGUGGGUGGAAGAUGGUUUGUCUGCCCAAACAAGCAUCCUUACUUUGUUGGUGACUGUGGUGGAGCAACCGAAGUAUCUCGCUGUCCUGAAUGCAAUGCGCCAAUUGGAGGCACACAACAUCGAGUGAUAGAAUCUAAUCGUUUUUAUGGUGAAUUUGAUGGAUCCGAAGAACCUGCAUGGCCUGGGCAGCCAAGUAAAAACUUAUAAAAUGUAUAUAUGUUUGUAAAAUUGCUUUAUAAUAAUAUAGAAAUAACUAAUUAUUAUUUUAUAAAUACACGCCG